CGACGACUGCAUGGCGGCGGCCAUCGCUGACAUGACCCCAGCCGGCCGCGCUGACCUCGAGACUGAGCCGUAGCUGCCGACCCGCCGCCCCGCGAGGCGCGGCUGCCUCCGUUCGCGGGGGAUGACCGAAGCUGCACACAGCCGCAGCGGCAGCCGGCACCGGAACCUGGACAGCUGGUGUCCGGGUGAAAGCAGCUGCAGUGAACGUUCCAUCAACGAGCGUGACUUCCUCGCCGAUGUAGACUACGAGUGGCUCUGCGGCUACGGCUGCGGGCCGGCUCGCGCUCCGCAGGCGUACAGCCCCGAUCUGAAGGGCGGGCCGGCGCCGCUGGCUGACGCCCAGCUCUACAGCGAGCUCUCCUACCAUGUGGACGCCACGCUGGCCGAGGUAGACAUGGAAGAGUUCUACCGCGGCGACAUCAACCGCAUCCUCGAGAUCUCCGGCUACGGCGGCGAACUGUAUGAGGAGGAGAAGGAGCAGUCGUCGGCGCUCUUCUCGUCCACCAAGGAGCAGGCGGUGUUCAACACGAUCUCGAUGGAUUCGCUGGACUGCUCUUCGUACGAGGCGGAGAACAUAGCCCGCUCGUGCCGCACCAACAUGAACAACUACACCAUCGCCUUCGAGGCCAGCAUGACGAGCAGCAGCAACGACCCCAGUGAGUCGAGCGAGACGAGAAAAGGCGAGCGAUAA